CGUUCGUGGCGCGCGGUUGUGCUUUCGCUCUGAGUGCGCAGUGUUGAGACGUUCAAACUGUAAAAGCUGAUCGUUAAAAAACUCGAGAGUUCUUCAAACUGUUGCUAACAGUUGCCAACUGACAAUUGCAAAAAAUGUGAAUUCUAAUACAUCAGUAAAAAAAAUAUAUGAAAUACAAAAUCCGAAACGCAAGUGAUUGAAAAUGUCGGCAAAAUACUAUCAAAGACUUUCAACGAAUAACGCUUCGUAUUUAACAAAUAUUUUAGUGCUAAUUUUAUUAAUGUGCCAGAAAUGCAGUACACAAAGGAUCGAGACGCCAGCUGAAGUCAUCGUUGAUCCAAAGUUUAGCUAUCCAAUCGCAAAUGUGACAGCGCCAGUGGGACGUGACGCCUUCCUCACAUGUGUGGUGCAGGACUUGGGACCGUAUAAGGUUGCGUGGCUGCGAGUCGACACACAGACGAUUCUGACCAUACAGAAUCAUGUGAUAACCAAAAAUCAAAGGAUUGGCAUUGCCAACUCGGAGCACAAGACCUGGACAAUGCGGAUCAGGGAUAUCAAGGAGUCGGAUAAAGGAUGGUACAUGUGCCAAAUAAAUACGGACCCAAUGAAAAGUCAAAUGGGAUAUCUGGAUGUUGUUGUACCGCCGGAUAUCCUAGAUUAUCCUACAAGCACGGACAUGGUCGUACGCGAGGGCAGCAACGUGACGCUCAAAUGCGCUGCUACCGGUUCACCAGAGCCGACAAUUACAUGGCGACGUGAAAGUGGAGUGGCCAUCGAGUUGGCCAACGGCGAGGAGGUCCCCAGCAUCGAGGGCACCGAUCUCAUAAUUCCUAGAGUUAAGCGCCAGCACAUGGGCGCAUAUUUAUGCAUUGCUUCAAAUGGAGUACCGCCAUCAGUGAGCAAGAGAAUAACACUAGUUGUACACUUUCCACCAAUGAUCACUGUGCAGAAUCAACUGAUUGGCGCCGUCGAAGGCAAGGGAGUUACCCUCGAAUGCCAAUCAGAAGCUUAUCCUAAAUCCAUUAACUACUGGACACGUGAGCGAGGCGAAAUCGUGCCGCCAGGCGGCAAGUAUUCAGCAAAUGUUACAGAGAUUGCCGGAUAUCGCAGCUCAAUGAAGCUGCACAUAAAUCCUCUAUCACUAGCCGAAUUUGGAGCUUAUCGUUGUGUUGCCAAGAAUUCACUAGGCGAUACCGAUGGCACCAUUAAGCUUUACAGAAUACCACCCAAUGCUGUCAACUAUGUGGAGAAUUUCGAUGCGCGGCACAAAGGCAAAAAGCGUACGAAAAGCUCCGAAAUGUAUCAUUCAUCCAGGGCGCAGGAGCACAGCGGCGAGGACUCCGAGAAUCCUGGCAAGCGAAAAGCUGAUUUGAGUCUCAGUGCGGAGAGCAUUGACAGCAUGUACGGAACAUCCUCAGCUGCGUCGCAGCAUCCCAGACGUCCCAGGCAGACGCUGAGUUGCCUGAUCCCAAUGCUGCCACUUGUGGUGAUGUUGCUACUGAUGAGGAUGACGACAUCAUCGCCUUCGUCGUCAUCGUCGUCGUUGUUGACGACAUUGACGAGGCAACUGCGAAAAAUUCAGCUGACAUUGUUGCCACAAACACUGACACAUGUUUGACAUAGACGCGAAGCGCUAACUGAGAUUAAGCUGAUGAAGAGUCCGGAUGAGGAUGAGUUCGAUAUGGAGAUGAUGCUGGCCAGGCUGGCAAUGCGAUGAUGGCGCUUGGCUUGAUUGGGUUUGUCAAUGCCAAAAUGCCAAGCUGAUUUAUUGCAACUAGCUUAGUUAAAGUUGAACGAUAUAUUCGUGCAUAUAUCAUAUAUAUAGCAUACGUUGAUACGAUGGUCAAGUCACAGAACAUAUUGUAGCAACUAAUGAUUAAGGCAAACAGGCUUCCUAAUCCCUACGCGUGCAUGUUCAAGCUGUUGAAUUCUAUGUAUCGAUAAGUGCAGCUUAAUGUCAGCAAUAUUGUAAUAUAACACAUAUACAUUUAGUACAUUUAGCAAUUUAGCAAUAAUUCAAUAUAAUCAAUAAUUUUGCAAGUUGCAUGAGACUUUAUGGCACAUGUACAUAAACGAACAGCAAAAGAUAUUUUAUUUCUUUAAGAGAGAGCGUGGCGCUAGCGACGUCUAUUGUAAAUUUGUAUAAACCAUGUGAGACUGUAUGUGUGCAAAGUAAUAUUUAAUUGCAAGCAAAUUCAAUUGAAAUUGAAUAGUUUUUUAAGGCAUUUCGCGAGCCACAAAACUUGGAGCGGGCUGAAUUCAAUAUGCUUCACAAAAUGUAAUAAAUAAUUUUAAAUUGUAAAAAAUGACAUUGUAUCCAAAAUAGAAAAAAAAAACUAGAAUGAAAAACAUGCUCAGCAGCUGGCUGUGUAUGUGUUGAAAAAUAAUGAAAUACAUUAAAUGCAGAACUUAACCAUAUGCAUUGCAAAAUAUAAAUAUCUAAAAGAACCGGAUUUUUUUUUAAUUUCUUCUCUGUCAACCGUUCCAAGCAAUUUUAAUUCAAUGAAAAAAUAUGCAUAUCAUUUACUUAACUUAUGUAUUUAAUAUAGCCAACAUUAUUGAAAACGAAACGAAAUGAAAAAAUAUAUAUCAAAUAUAUAUAUCGAGUUAUUUGUUUGACAAGCAAUUACAAAUUUACAAGUUUAUAGUGUAAAUUAUAUAAACGUAUACUUAUUAUAUUAAAGGCACUAACAAAUAUUAAUGAAACACAGCUUAAACGUAUUUAAUUUACUGCAAAAACUAUUUAAUCAAUUCAUUACAAUAUAAAACAUAUUAUAUAUUGCAUAUUUAUUUAUAGCAAAAACAAAAAAAAAACGUGUAUAUUAAAUUGAAAAAUCGUUAUACAAAGGCAUAGCAUGAGUUGAAUGUACGCAGACCUGUUUCCCUGCCACAUUUUCCUAAAAUGGAAAUAAAUGUCAAUGAAAUUCCGGCAUCUACUUACUCUGUGGUUUUGUAUGCUAUUUUUGUGGAAUUCCAUCGAUGUGUACGACAAUUGGAAAUAUGUGUGUGUGUACGUCUAAAUAGCAACUUAUUGUAGUAUUUAAGUGUAAGAAGCAACACAUGUAAAUGGGAAAAAUCGACAGGAAUAUUUAUAAAAUAAAUAAACGUUAAUGCGUUAAGUGAAAGAA